AUGGCCAAGGCUUCUUCGGGAAAUGUUUGGGCUAUGGACUUUGUGGAGCUGGCCAUGAAAGUAUUUCUCAUCCAGGAAGUUUGCGCAAAGGCGGCGAUACAAGCCCACGGAUUACCCAGGUUCCUGUGUUCUUUUUCAAGGGACUCUUCGAGUUUGCUUGACAGCAAUGGCCCUCAUACUGCACCGAAGACACUAGCAGACGAACAGGGAGCUGGCAAAAUAAUACCUGGAAACAUUCCUUCUUUGCGCUCUCCCCAAUGGCGUAAAAGUCUAAAACCAGAGGAGGAAGACAACAACAACAACCACAACCGAGUAUUGGCAAAUCAGAAGCUAAACGAGUCGAUACCAGGUCAUUCCCGUGGAAAUUUAAAGCAGGGACUAAAAGAAUCGAUACCAGAUCAUUUCCAUGAAAGUAUUAAGCAAGAACCGAACGUAUCGAAACCAGAUCAUCUCCAUGAAAACGUUAAGCAGGAACCAAACGAAUCCAUGCCAGAUCACUCCCAUGAAAGUUUCCGUGGGUUCUGGGAACAGGAACCAACAGGACAGCCACCUGCUACACAUGAAGCUGCGUUGCCAGGUGUUGAAUCCUGGUGGGAAAGCCCACCAUGA